UCAGAUUUAAGAAUAAUGUUGAAAUGAUAAUUAUGAGCCUCGAAAAUGCUUUCGAAGAAGGCGCAGUAACAUCAAAUGCGAAACUAAAAGACACUUUUGUUAAGGUUGAAAUACAGAGUGAGCCAGAUAAUCCAAUUGAAUUAGAUUCACAAGGAAAAACCAGCGACCAACAAGCCAGCUAUGAGUCAAUCGAGGCGUCCAUUGAAUCCUUGCUUGAGGCACCAGUUGAAAACAUUUUGAUGGCUGAAGCAGCAGCUGAUCCAAAUGGCGUCGACUUAGAAGACGAAGCGGAUGGAAGUGCAGACGACGGUCUGAACACAGGAACAUUCGGUCAACUCGAGAACAGCAUGUCAAUUGCAAACAGUGAAUCACAAGGAAGAGAUCGCUCUAAAACUGUGUACGAUGAACAUGAAAUGCGAAGUUGGGUUAAUCAUAGAAGUAAUAGUUGUUCAGCAAACAUGGACUCAAAUGAACCUGAGAGGCAUCGCACAAUUCAGUUCUUGGAACCAAUCGUGACUGGGUCCAUGGAGGCGAAGUAUUUUGAACGAGGCGAUUCGGUUAGCAAGGAUGACCUGAUCCAACUGUACAAAGUGAGCUGUGAACAGAACAGGACGAAACCUCUCAAUUCAGUCAUAUCAUGCAUAGAUAAAGCUAAAAACCUGGAUGAAAGAAUAAAGGAGCUUAGCCUUAAAGGCGAGAAACUAGAUGGUAGAGUUGCAGAUAGUCUAGAGAUAGUGUUCAGACAUGCUCAGUUUGUCAUACUUGAUCUAGAAAACUGCUACCUUGAAGACACGGUAGCGAUUGCGCUGUUCGAGAUGAUAGACUACUAUGAAGUGGCGACUAAGCUGAAGUUGGGAGCCAACAACAGACUGUCUCAGUUCGCGUGGAUGCAUCUCUGUCAGAUGAUCAAAAAGUGUCCGUUUGUGGAUCUGCUGGACUGCAGCUACACUGAGAUGGGGGACAGUGGUGCUAUUCUUCUGGCCAGACUGCUGAGGAACAACUGCAACCUCCACUCACUCCACCUGAUGAACUGCAGAAUGAGUGGCAAAUUCCUCAACUACCUAGUGGUGGGUCUUAGGAGCAAUUACAUCCUGCAGGAACUCUAUCUGGGGGACAACGCCCUAAUCCACUCUGACGCCGCCCUCCUCAGCCAACUUCUGAAGUCCAACUUCAAACUGCAGUGUCUGGACCUGAGGAACAACAAUCUAGGGGACAAGGGUGCUGCUUCGAUCUUUGAGGGGCUGCGGGAGCAGGGACAAACUGGAGUGGGGCUGACUUCUCUCAUCUUGUGGAACAACAACCUCUCCCCCAAUUGCCACUACGUCAUACAUCCACUGGCAGUGCAUCGGUCGCUGGAGACUCUGAACAUGGGCUACAAUGACCUGAGGAAUGAGGGCGUGGCUCUGCUGAAGGACGGGCUGAUGAGGAACAAGAGCAUUGCCAGACUCGGACUCAGCUCCACCAGAAUAGACUCCAUUGGUGCUAUAGCGAUGGCCGAGUACAUUGCGGAGUCGACUUCUAUCGUCCGCGUGGACAUUAGAAACAACAAUGUGAAGGUGGCCGGCAUCAUGGCCUUACAGAAUGCACUGAAAAAUAACUACACACUCACUAGACUAGAUUUAGACCAGCAGCCCAAAAAGGAACAGCUUUACGGCUACACUGAACUAUACGGAAAGAGCCUUGAACAGAUUCUUUUUCUUCUUGAGAGGAAUCAAACUCUAUCGUCUGAAGAAGACACGAGAAGAUAUGUGCUUCAGCAGCAAAUGCUGACUUACACCAAAGGCCUCGCCAGCUCCAAGGCCAAAAACAACCAAAUCAUUCCUUCUACGCCUCAAACAAACCAAAUUAGCCUCGGCCAAACGACUUUGUCAUCAUCACGAACAUCUAUGAUAUCUCAAAAUAAACAUCACGUGAUGAAUGGGGUGGCAAUGGACGGAGGGGGAGGGGGAGGGGGAGAAUUGAGAGAGCAGAGGAUUCGACAGUUUUCAGAAACACUGACGAUACAACCGCCAAGUUCAAAGGACAGUGACAUUCCAAUCAUUCUGCCUCCAUUGUCGACCAAUCACGACUCCUCUUUAUCAGAAGCAUCAGUAAACUCUCCUCAGGGCAGUGGAGACACGAAGCCAAAUCCACUAGUAGAGCAGUUAGAAUUAUCAAGUUCAGGAGUAGAAGAGGAUUUAGACUCCCCCUCAGUUGUGCCUUUCUCUCCUCCUCCUCCUCUGUCGCUCUCGCCUGACACCAAGCAGAAGUUCCAGAACAUUCCUCACAUAUCCAUCAUCUCCUCUUCCAGUAGUAAAAUGACGUCAGCUGUUUCUACGGACAACAAGGAUGAAAUCGCCUCCAGUAAUGUAAACUCCGUAGAGUCAUCCGAGGAUAAAGAAGAUCAGAAAGAGUAUAGCAGCAGUGGUAGUUUACCCGAGGAGGAGGAGCAGGAGAGUUCCAGGUCUCUGGAAUCAUCCACUUCCAGAUCAAGUGGCACCACAGAAGAUACAGUGCCAGGCAUCACACUUGGAAAUCUUCGGGAAUCAGGCUUAUCAACCUGGAAUCCCAAAAACAACUCUGAUAAAAUCUCUAUCCGCCGAGACAGCACGACAGAGAAAACCGCAUCCGCCUCCGAUCUAGACGAAGUUUCGACAUCAUCAGAAAAUGUCGAAGGGAGCAAGGAGCCACACAGUACUGCAUUUGAUGUUCCUGGAGAUCGUUGAUAUUGUUACUUGUAGUUACUUUACUUAGAACCUCAUCUGAACUAUAGACUUAAGAGUAAUUUAUUUUAUUAGUUCAUCUUCUGAAAAAUUGGCAGUUUCGGAUAAAUGGCAACAUUGGAAUUAUAUGCGAUAGAAACGAGGUUCAAUUUGUUUCA